AUGAUCCAGUUCAUCCUCCUGCAGAACCGACAGGGCAAGACCCGGCUGAGCAAAUACUACCGCACCUAUACUGACGAUGAGAAGAUCAAGAUUGAGGCCGAGAUUCACCGCAUCGUGACGACCCGCGACCAGAAAUUCACAAACUUCGUCGAGUUCAAGCAGUACAAGCUGAUAUACCGGCGAUACGCGGGGCUCUUCUUUACGCUGUGCGUUGAUGUGAACGAUAACGAGCUGGUGUAUUUCGAGUCGAUCCAUCUCUUCGUCGAGCUUCUGGACCAGUUCUUUGGCAACGUGUGCGAGCUCGACCUUGUCUUCAACUUCAACAAAGUGUACAUGAUCCUCGACGAGUUCUUCCUGGCGGGCGAGGUGCAGGAGACGUCCAAGCAGACCAUUCUGCACCGCGUCCAGGAUUUGGACAAACUCGAGUAGAUCUCCCACUCUACCCAGUCUCCCAGUGUUCUCACCGCCUCGCUGCACGCCGCGGCGCGCGGGCGCGGCGCUCCGGCGCUCUCUCUCACUGGUGUCAGCCAGCGCGGUGGGCAAAUACGGUUUACGUCGAUUGGUUGUCGCUA